ACUAAACCCUUGGAGGGUUUAACUCAGAAAUCUCUUCUUGAGUCCCUUGCUCUUCUCCAACCCAGUAGCAAAAGCAACCUCCCCUUCCACAAACAAGCACAGAAAUAAGUAGCAGACAAAUAGAAGAGUAAAAAACAUGUCUUCAAAAUCAAAGAAAAAAUCAUCAAAAACUCCAUUAUCAAAGCUUCAAUCACCACAACUAGACAACCCUCCUUCAUCACCUUCUUCUCAAUCUUCUUCUUCCCAAUUCUCAGAACUUGAGCUCCACAAUACCCUUGAUGAAGCUUCCAGAAAGUUCCCUACUUUCAUCAGCAAAUCUGCUCUCAUUGCUCAAAUAUCCGAGUUCGAAUCCUCUUCCCAGCAAAAGGGUUGCAAAAUUUGGCUUUCUGAGUCUUCUAUGCUCUCUUCUUCCAUCUCUCCUGCCUCCCUUGUUUCGGUAUCACUUGUUCCGGUAGAUCAAAGUUCGACGAUUGCUUUCCCUUUGAGCGCAUUGACCGUAGAAUGCAGUGGACAGUUUGGAGUUGAUUGGGAUGGGAAGGUGGAUGAAAAAGCAGGGAACUAUUUUGCCCUCGCAACAGCAUUGCCUUCUAGUAAGCUUGUAAAGAACGAAGUUAGAAUCUCUUCUAACCUGCUGUACUCAUUGGGUUUUCCUGCUUCUGGUAGAGUUGUGUUCGUGCAGCCUAUUUAUGGUGGAUCAUUGACUAAGCUGGUACCUGGCAAUGGGGAGCUUCAUCGCUCUCCUGUGGAUUACUGCAAGGAAUUGUACAUAAGACUGCUACCCUUUAGAAGUGCUUCAGCCUUAAGUAUGGAUGCUUCUUCCCCAUCUAAAAAUGGUACAGACAAAACCCUGAACCUGUAUGAAAAUGGCAGCACUUCUUCUCCUAGAACACCCUCUUUGGGACGCUCAAGGCCAUGCUCUCCAAGUCCUGGCAAGUUGAGUUCGUUGGCAUCUGAAGAUUUACUUUCUCAUGUGAAUGGCAUUAAGAGAUCUUAUUUUGACACUGUAGAGAUGCAAGAAAUCUUGGGAGAUAAAAGUGCAAAUACUCUUCUGCAGCGUACUGCUGUUUCCUGGUUAUAUUCUCGUGCUUUACUUUGUGGAAAUCUUGUGGCAGUACCUAUUCUCUCCAGACUCUGUCUUUUUGAAGUGGUAGGUCUGAAAAGUUUGUCAUAUGAUAGUACUGACAGGGAUCCUACCCAAACUUCUUUAGUUCAUAGUAAUGAUGAGGUGUUCAUCAUAGAUCGUGCAACAAAAGUAAAAAUCUAUUUGCCAUCAGAUUUACCACCAGAUACUUCAGAGAAAGGAAUAUCGACUCCUGGGAAAAUGGACUCUAAGAAAUCCAAUGUAAACAUGGCAGAUGAAAAGUUGGGAGGAUUAUGGAAGGAAUACACACUUCUGCGAGAUAUUAUUUCUGCAUCAGUGAAGAAUGCUUUGUCAAGUCUGGGUUUGCGAACUACAAAAGGAGUGCUGCUUUAUGGGCCAUCAGGCACUGGGAAGACGUCUUUGGCUCAACUCUGUGCUCAUGAUGCUGGGGUUAACCUCUUUACAGUGAACGGGCCUGAAAUUAUCAGUCAAUAUCAUGGGGAAAGUGAACAGGCACUCCAUGAUGUCUUCAAGUCAGCUAGCGAAGCUGCCCCCUCUGUGGUUUUCAUUGAUGAGCUGGAUGCUAUAGCACCAGCAAGGAAUGAAGGUGGUGAAGGCUUAUCUCAAAGGAUGGUUGCAACUUUACUGAAUUUGAUGGAUGGAAUAAGCAUAACAAAUGGUGUUCUCGUAAUUGCUGCUACCAACAGGCUCGAGUGUAUUGAACCUGCUCUCAGACGCCCUGGAAGACUGGAUAGAGAAAUUGAAAUAGGAGUACCAUCUCCUGAUCAACGACUUGAUAUAUUGACUACUCUUCUUGGUAAAAUGGAGCAUUCUCUUUCAUUUGCUGAAAUCCAGCAGCUUGCAGUGGUAACACACGGAUUUGUCGGAGCUGAUCUGGUUGCCCUUUUAAAUGAGGCAGCAAUGGUCUGCUUAAGGCGUUGUAUUCAUUCACAGAAAUCUAUAAGUGAUUUAUAUUCUAAUUGCUCUACUCAUGAUGGCUCUAAGGGGAUGACAGGAGGUUGUUCUUAUGGGAGAGAUGGUAGGGGAUUGUUUCCAGAGGAUCAUGAGGGUUCUUCGUGCUCAGAAACUUCAGAUUUGACUGUCUCAACUAAUUCUGUACCAUUUCCUGUCUCUGGGGAAAGAAUUGUUUCAAACAGUUAUGGAGGCUCUUCCACAACAGAAGAACAUAUGUUGAAUAUAACUUUUGAAGAUUUUGAAAGGGCCAGAAUGAAAAUACGUCCAAGUGCUAUGCGUGAGGUGAUUCUUGAGGUUCCUAAGGUCAAGUGGGAAGAUGUUGGCGGACAAGAGGAGGUGAAGGCGCAAUUGAUGGAGGCUGUAGAGUGGCCGCAAAAGCAUCAGGAUGCAUUCAAGCGAAUUGGAACCCACCCACCGAAAGGGGUAUUGAUGUUUGGUCCUCCAGGAUGCAGCAAAACUUUGAUGGCUCGUGCUGUUGCUUCUGAGGCUGGACUGAAUUUUCUGGCUGUUAAGGGUCCAGAACUAUUCAGCAAGUGGGUUGGUGAAUCUGAAAAGGCUGUUAGAUCUCUGUUUGCUAAGGCAAGAGCUAAUUCCCCAUCAAUUAUAUUUUUUGAUGAACUAGACAGCCUUGCUGUCAUCCGCGGAAGGGAAAGUGAUGGUGUCUCAGUUGCAGAUAGGGUCAUGAGUCAACUUCUGGUUGAAUUGGAUGGUUUGCAUGAAAGAGUUAAUGUUACUGUUAUCGCUGCAACAAAUCGCCCUGACAAGAUUGAUCCUGCCCUUCUUAGACCAGGGCGGUUUGAUCGACUGUUAUAUGUUGGACCCCCGACUGAAACUGAUCGUGUUGACAUAUUCAAUGUCCAUUUGCGUAAAAUGCCUUGCAGUUCCGAUGUCGACGUAUUAGAGCUGGCUCAUUUGACUGAAGGCUGUACUGGUGCAGAUGUAUCAUUGAUUUGUAGGGAAGCAGCAAUCUCAGCAAUUGAAGAGAACCUAAAUUCUUCCGAGAUAAAUAUGGAGCAUUUGAAGAAUGCAAUUCUUCAUGUACACCCAUCAGAGAUUCAACCUUAUCAGGAAUUGUCCGACAAGUUUCAGCGACUUGUACAUUCAAAGUCUCCAUCAGAUGACUUGGCAUGUCAACAUCAGCUGAAUGGGCCAAACGAGAUAUCAUCCUGGAACCCAGUGAAAUGGAUUCAGCAUCUUGUCUGUCCAUGGCGAAACACUUCUACAAACAGGUAACUGGAGCGAAAUUCAGCCACCUUUGAUUCUUUUCUUCAUAUGAGUAUACUCGGAUCAGAUUCUCAGAGCUCCAUCGCCAUCUUCCUCUGGCACGCACAUAUGAUGUUUUGCAUACACGCGCACAAAUCAACCUCUUAUGUACAUAACGCGUACAUGCACACGCACACGUCCAUUCAAAUGAAGAGAGGGAUUAUAAUUAUUCGACCAAGAUCUUGUGUAAGCUCAUGUGAUUCUUUUGGAAGAAUGUGUGACAUUUUCCUAAGAGUAGGAACCAACAAAUUGUGCACAACACAUAAUCUGGAAACAAGUUUGUUAAGUUUGGUGGGGCUGUUUUAUCUAUUUUAUUUCAUUUAUGUUAAUUUACCCACAUUUUGCUGCCCUCAAAUUUGGUAGUACAUCAGAUUUUAAGCAGUAUGUGGUGAUUGGUGUUGGGCAUACUCCUAUAAACUGUGUUUGCAUUCUUUUGGUUGGGCAAACAUUGUCACUGUCCUACAGCUGGGGAUGGUCUAUUUUAUUUGUAGGCUUCCUGUUGUCAUUAUUCACAUUUUGGUCUUUUUGCA